AUGGCGCCACACAAGCCCUUGUUCUUCAGGUUCUGCUUUCACGACUGCGCCUUCUUGGGCCACCUGUAUGACCCUUGCUUCGUCCAGUGGUAUAACUUCGACUUCCCCCACUUAGAAAAGAGCAUCUGGCGCACGUCCUCCUCCGGUGGCCUGGUUUGCUUGAUGAACACCAAUGACGGAGAUCGCUUAUUGGUCGGCAAUCCCAUCAAGAGAGACUGGAAGUUGCUUCCUCGAGUCCCCGGUGGCUCCUCCCCCCAGUUCAACGCGCUCGCCUUGUCGUUCGACCGCCUCAUGCGCGACUACACCAUGGUCUCCUCGUCUAUGGAUCUGGUGGCCCCAAUCGCCGUGCUCCUCAUCGCUGCGGCGGUGACCUUGGGGACAGAGGCCUCGAUCCACGCCUACGACCUCGAGCCCUUCAGGGAGGUAGGGAACGCGCUCCUCCUCUCCGGCGGCAGCGAGGGCAUCGUCGCGUCCCGCCUCGACGCCCUUGGUCCCCUACAGAUCGGAGAUGGUCGGUCUUACAUCAAGUAA